AUGGCGCAAGAGGUGAUCCGCACGGUAUCCCCAUCAACAAACAAAGUGAUCCUCGAACGUGAAGGGACCACUAUCGAAGAGGCUCGGAGGGUUGCCUCCGACUCUAAAGAUGCAUUCAACAACUGGAAGAAGUUGUCUCUGCAGGAUCGUCAGAACUUGAUCGUCAAGGCGCUCGAUAUCAUCCAGGAACGCAAGGAGGAGCUGGGCCGGGAGAUCACCGAACAGAUGGGUCGGCCGAUAGCAUACAGUGCCAAAGAGAUCGACACGAUGCAGAAAAGAGCGAAAUACCUCCUCGAUAUUUCCAACGAGGCUCUGGAGGAUAUCCCUGGACUUCCAGAAGCAGGGUUCAAGAGGUACCUCAAGAAGGAGCCAAUUGGCCCUGUGCUCAUCGUGUUUGCAUGGAAUUUCCCCUAUUUGAUUCUUGUCAAUGCCCUCAUCCCUGCGCUGCUUGCAGGGAAUUCGGUCAUCCUGAAGCCUUCCCCUCAAACACCGCUGGUUGGCGAUCGCAUUGCCGAGAUCUUCACGGAGGCAGGACUUCCGAAAGGUGUCCUUCAAGUAGUUCAGUCAGGAGAUCCCAAGAUGUUGAAAGAGCUAUCAUUGUUGCCCGAGAUCCAACUCAUCUCAUUCACUGGCUCAACGGCGGUUGGAUUGACACUGCGCGAAUGGACCUCGUCCAGAAUCAUUCCUUUGAACCUGGAGCUGGGAGGCAAUGACCCGGCAUACGUACGACCUGAUGCAGACCUGAAAUAUGUGGCUGCUCAGCUUGUCGAUGGUGCAGUCUUCAACUCAGGCCAGAGUUGCUGUGCAGUCGAGAGGAUCUACGUGCACGCUGCCGUCCACGAUGCAUUCGUGAAAGAAGUGCAGGAAGAAUUAAAGCAAUACAAGCUUGGUGAUCCAAUGGACAAAUCCACCAACGUUGGGCCCGUCAUCUCCCAGGCAGCGGUUCGGUCUAUCAACCAGCAAAUUGAAGAUGCCCUCGCCCGGGGUGCCGUUGAUGCCACACCGAAGAAUUCCACUUUUGAAAACCCACCGAAAGACGGGAACUAUGUUCCACCGCGGCUUCUCCUGAAUACGAACCAUGAAAUGCAGGUUAUGAAAUACGAGACCUUUGGACCUGUGAUUCCAGUCUCGAAAGUGGCCAGUGAUGAAGAAGCCGUGCGGCUGAUGAACGAUAGCGACUAUGGUCUCACAGCCAGUGUGUGGACAAAGGAUAUCUCAAAAGGAGAGGAGUUGAUCCAGGAAUUGGAAGCUGGGACGGUCUUUGUCAAUCGGUGUGAUUAUCCCAGUCCAGAUCUUGCAUGGACCGGCUGGAAGGAUUCCGGGCUCGGCUGCACUCUUGGGCCCCGCGGGUUUGAUGCCUUUUUCAAGCUAAAAAGCAACCAUGUGAAGGAAAUUCAGGCAUAA